AUGUGUCGGGAGCUGUUUCCCCCCAAGCUGAGUGGCAUGGCUGGCUUUGUUUCUAGAGUCCUCCUGGUCCCCCUCAAAAGCUUCCCUGCACCAGCCUUGCUGCCAGACCCUCAGGAGCAUGUGGUGCUGUGGCCUCUGCGUGACUCGCUGGGCCAAGCCGGCACCACCUUCCCCGUCUGCUGCUUCUGGUUUACCAAGGGCUGGAAAGACAAGGCCCCAGGCUCAAGGCUGGAGCCCUCCCCCGUGGCAGACCGGCCCCCUCUGCUGUCAUGGCUGCCCCUCAUGGAUCCCUCACCCCAAAUCCAGUUUCUCUUCCACAGUGAGGGAGAGAUCUUUGCAGAGAGCUGGGAGGCCAGCGAAGGCCUGUGCCAGUUCAAGGAAGAGCGAGAGGUCAGUGGGGUCAGCGCGGAGCGAUGGGGGCCGGAGGAGAUGAGCGGAGAGGGGCUGCGUGUCAUGAUCAGUGCAGUAGGACGCGGCUCCAGCCUGACUGGCGGAGCGCGGCGGCAAGAUGCCGUGCAAAUUUCCAAGGAGAGGAAGUUUGUCGCUGAUGGCAUCUUCAAAGCUGAACUGAAUGAGUUUCUUACUCGGGAGCUGGCUGAAGAUGGCUACUCUGGAGUUGAGGUGCGAGUUACACCAACCAGGACAGAAAUCAUUAUCUUAGCCACCAGAACACAGAAUGUUCUUGGUGAGAAGGGCCGGCGGAUUCGGGAACUGACUGCUGUAGUUCAGAAGAGGUUUGGCUUUCCAGAGGGCAGUGUAGAGGCUACAUUGGAAGAAGAAAUGUCUUGGGCCACACUACUGCUUUAUGCUGAAAAGGUGGCCACUAGAGGUCUGUGUGCCAUUGCCCAGGCAGAGUCUCUGCGUUACAAACUCCUAGGAGGGCUUGCUGUGCGGAGGGCCUGCUAUGGUGUGCUGCGGUUCAUCAUGGAGAGUGGGGCCAAAGGCUGCGAGGUCAUGGUGUCUGGGAAACUCCGAGGACAGAGGGCUAAAUCCACGAAGUUUGUGGAUGGCCUGAUGAUUCACAGCGGAGACCCUGUUAACUACUACGUUGAUACUGCUGUGCGCCACGUGUUGCUCAGACAGGGUGUGCUGGGCAUCAAGGUGAAGAUCAUGCUGCCCUGGGACCCAACUGGUAAGAUUGGCCCUAAGAAGCCCCUGCCUGACCACGUGAGCAUCGUGGAACCCAAAGAUGAGAUACUGCCCACCACCCCCAUCUCAGAACAGAAGGAUGGGAAGCCAGAGCCACCUGCCAUUCCCCAGCCAGUCCCCACAGCAUAACAGGGUCUCCUUGGCAGCUGUGUUCUGGAGUCUGGAUGUUGCUCUGUAAAGACCUUUAAUAAAAUCUUGUACAAAGACAAAAAAAAAAAAAA